AUGGCGCUCAGCGUCGGCGUGCGGCGGCUCUCCAGCUUGCCGGGCCACGGCGAGCGGCAGGUGCAGCUCAGCUUCCGAGGCUUCACCCAGAAGACGAGGAAAGUUCGCUGUGGCCCGGAGGCUGUCUUCGGGGAGCUCUUUCGCUGGCCCCACUAUGGGAAGCUUGCCCUGGGUGAAACACUGUCUGUUAAGGUUUACAAUUGCAGCAAGGUUUUCAGUAACAGGCUUCUUGGUACUCUUGUUCUCAGCCUUCAGCACCUGAUGACGUCUGGGAGGCUGAUCCUUCGGGAGGCCCUUGUUGACAAGAACCAGAGAGUCACUGGUAUCUACAUUGAGUUGGAUUUGCGCUACCAACCUCCUGAUGGCUCAGCUGGGACCUGGGUUGAAGAAGACUUUGUCUAUCAGAUGAAAGACAGCUCGGAGCUAAUCAUCUGCAACCCAGGCUUUGAGGAGCUGGAGGCAGCUGAGGGACCAAGAGUGAGCGAACUGGACAGGAGGGCUGCUGCACUGGGCAGGAAGCUAGCAAAAGGGCUGGAGACUGAUGAAGAAGAGGAAGAAGAGGAAGAAGAUUUCUACGAUGUGUCUGAGAUGGAGGUUUCGGGCAUCAUCUUCAGCCCUGUGAAGAGCCGCUCCAGACAUUGCUUCACACGGGACCUCUUUGCCACCCCAGCCCCGCAGAACUUCCAGGUUGGAAUUAACAUCAUUGAAGCGCAGAAGCUGGUGGGGGUGAACAUUAACCCCUUUGUGGUGGUCAAGGUUGGAGAAGAGAAGAGGCAUACAGCAACACAGAAGUCAACCAACUGCCCCUUCUACAAUGAAUACUUUUUGUUUGAAUUCCAUGAGCCAAGGGAUAUUUUAUUCCACAGACUCAUAGAGAUCUUGGUUUUUCACUCAAAGAAGAUACCAUUCCUGGGAACGUGUAUAGGAAUGUUUAAGAUGGAUGUUGGAAUGGUGUACAGCCAGCCAGAUCACAGGUUUUUCCAGAAGUGGGCUGUUAUCAGUGACCCCACAGACACCAGGGCAGGUGUGAAGGGCUUUGUGAAGUGCAACAUCUCUGUUACUGCACGUGGGGAUAUUGUGGGCUCCCUCUCCACCUCCUCCAGCAGCCGGGAUGAGGACAUUGAAAGGAACCUGCUGCUGCCUAAGAGAGUCCCUGCAGAGAGACCCUGGGCCAGGGUCUGCAUCAAGUUGUAUCGUGCUGAGGGCCUGCCCAGCAUGAGUGCAGGCAUCAUGGGUGGCUUCUCCAAGAUCAUAGGGGAGAAAAAAGUCUUUAUUGACCCAUAUGUGCAGAUCUCAUUCUGUGGGCAGCAGGGGGAAACGUCAGUGGAGAUCAACACCACUGAGCCUGAGUGGAAUGAGCAGAUCAGCUUCAUUGAGAUGUUUCCACCUCUGGCCAGAAAGAUAAAAGUCCAGGUGCUGGAUGAUGCCAACAUUGGUGAUGUGGCCAUCGCUACACACUACAUUGACCUGCAGCAGAUCUCGGACUCUGGCAGGAAUGGCUUUAAUCCCACGUUUGGUCCAGCCUGGGUGAAUCUCUAUGGCUCCCCCCAGAACUCAGCUCUGCAGGAUGUCCACAAGGCCCUCAACGAGGGCAUGGGUGAGGGGAUCUUCUACCGUGGGCGCAUCCUCAUGGCCAUCACAGUGGAGAUCUUCAGCAGCCCCAGCAGAGCAGAGAGGAAGCUUGGGGAUAAGGCGAAAGGUGCCCUAGGCAAACUGAAGCUGAAGAAGAAAAGUAAGAAAUCCAAGGAGAAAGCCAAAGCACUGAGACAGCUUCAGGGAGAAGAAGAGACUGUGAGUUGUCAGGAGGUUGAGCAGCCUGAGGAGGUCACUGUGGAAGUAGAAGAGCUUCAUCCACUCCCUGAGAAUGCACUGGGGAGGAAAGAGGAAUUCCUCCUCUUCGCUGCCUUCUUUGAAGCAACUAUGAUGGACCCUUCUCUCAGCUCCAAGCCUGUCAGCUUUGAAGUCUCUAUAGGAAACUAUGGCAAAGCUGAAGAGGUUGUGACCAAAGUAGGGAGAAAAGUGGAAAAGGGAGAAGUGAAAGAAGAAAAGCAGGCUUUGCUGGACUCUGGUUCAGAUGGUGAGCUUGAUGUUGAAGUUCUGGUCUCAGCUUCAGCAGCAUUGAACAACUCAGUGACAAAGAGCCAGAAACCAGAGCCCAUGGAGUAUGACAGGUCAUACAGCUGCCUGCCCAUGACGCAUGAGAAGCCCUGUGUGUAUGUGUGGAGCUACUGGGAGGAUCACACCUGGAGACUCUGUAUUUCCAACUGGAUUGUCAAGCUGGCAGAGCGCCUGGAGCAGCGGUUGGAUGAUGUGGAGAAGCUCAUGAGAAGGCUGAAGGCUAAAGCAGAAGAGCAACUCAGAGAGGUGCUAGAGGAGUUUAUAGCUGGGUGCAGGCAAUAUUCACUCAGUGUAGAGAGAAAAACGAUGGCACAUCCCAACCACCUUGACAGAUGUCGGAUGAAAUUCCUGAUGCGCAACAUCAUCCUGUGUGCAAAGCAGGGGCUCCGCAUGAGGCGGCGACUGACUCGAGCCAAUGUCAAGGAGAAGGUUAAGGAGAUAAAGAGGCUCCUGGCAAAGCUACGUUUCAUGGCUAAAGAGCCCCAAUGCACCCUCCCCGAUGUGCUUGUCUGGAUGCUCAGCAACGACAGGCGUGUGGCAUAUGCAAGAGUUCCCGCACAGAACAUCCUCUACUCAGUAGUUGAAGAGGAGAAGGGCAAGGACUGUGCAAAGAUCCAGACAGUUUUUAUGAAGGUCCCUGGCUUACACACUGGUGAGAUCUUUGCCAAAUUGGAAAUCUACAUGUGGCUUGGGGUAACCAAAUAUGCAAAGAACUGUUUGGCAGAGCUGCCUGAGGAGUUCAAGUAUCUCUCUGAGAGUGGACAGGAAAUAGUCCAGCUUUCAGCCUAUGGUCCUCCCAGCUGGCUCAGCAGGGAUGAUUUCAGCUAUUUCCAGCUCCGAGCUCAUCUGUAUCAGGCUCGAGGGAUUCUCCCUGCAGAUGACAAUGGCCUUUCAGAUCCAGGCUCCCCCGAGUUCCUGGGCCAGGCCUUUGCCAUCCCACAGGUGAAGCUGGUUGAUGAGCCAUACACCAAACCUACCCUGCAGUUCUUUGAUAUCUACAAAGGCACCAAAGCAGCAGGAGAGCUCAUUGCUGCUUUUGAGCUGAUUGAGCUGGAUUACAGUGGCUAUUUGGAGCCAUCAGUGCCUGAGGAUGUGGAGCCCAAGGAGCCCAAUUACCUGGGAGACCCCCGUGCUGGACGGCUCAUCAUCCCUGAGGGCAUUCGCCCACUGCUGAAGGAGUUCCGCGUAGAGAUCCUGUUCUGGGGCCUGCGGCACCUGAAGCGAGUAAACUUGUUUGAGGUGGAUCAGCCCCAGGUGAUCAUUGAGUGUGCUGGCAAGAAGGUGGAGUCAGAGGUGAUUGUGAUGUACAAAGAGAACCCCAACUUCACAGAGCUGGUCAAAUACAUGGAUGUGGAGCUCCCAGAGCAGGUCUACCUGCACCCUCCCCUCAGCAUCUUUGUGGUGGAAAAGCGAGCAUUUGGGCGCACUGUGCUGGUGGGUACGCAUGUUGUGUCCGAUGUGAUGAAAUUCUCUCACAGAGAGCUGGAGGAGGAACCGGAAGAUGUGCCUAAAGCUCAGAAAGUCUCGUCCCAGCAUCUUCCCUCUCAGACUGUGGUAAACAUUGGCUUGGCAGCUGGUGAUCCAUGUCCCAGCACUCAGCCCCUGAGUCUUGUGAAGGCUCCUUUGAAGAAAAUUCCUAUUGAUAGACUUGUGAAGAAGGAGGAUGACUACAAAGGGGAAAAACCAGAUCUAGAAGAACUGGAUUGGUGGUCCAAGUACUACGAGUCCCUGAAAGAGCUGUAUAAUCAGACACAUAGUGAUGAUGAAGAUACUGAGAAUGAUGACCUGAAUGAUCCAGAUGGAGUGAAUUUAAACGAAUCCUCUAUUGACAUGGAAGCAGAAGAUGAGGUAGUAAUUGAAGCUGAACCUGCUCAACCCAAAAGGAAGCUCAUUGCCACCCUUCAGAUCUACAACUCUGAGCUGGAAAAUGAGUUUGGUAAUUUUGAAGACUGGCUGUGUAUUUUCCCCCUUCAUCGUGGCAAAGCAAAUGAGGAUGAAGAUGGAAAUGAGGACGAACAUUUUGUGGGAAAGUACAAGGGCUCCUUCUAUGUCUACCCCACUGAGGAAGCUGGCAUGGAGCCUAAGGUCUCCCAGGGCAUUCCAAGGAACAGACCCAUCAAGGUUCUUGUAAGAGUUUACAUUGUUAAGGCUAUGAACCUGUCGCCAGCAGAUCCCAAUGGCAAGGCAGACCCCUAUGUGGUGGUGACUGUGGGGAAGGAGCAGAAGGACACAAAAGAACGAUACAUCCCAAAGCAGCUUAAUCCUGUGUUUGGAGAAGUUGUGGAGCUGACAGUGUCCUUUCCCAUGGAAUCAGAACUCACUGUGGCAAUAUUUGACCAUGAUUUGGUUGGAUCUGAUGAUCUGAUUGGGGAGACCAAGAUUGACUUGGAGAAUCGAUUCUACAGCAAGCACAGGGCCAACUGUGGAGUGUCUUCUCAGUAUGACAUAAAUGGCUACAACAUGUGGCGAGAUGCUUUCAAGCCCACACAGAUCUUGGAUAGUUUAUGCAAGAAAAACUCUCUCCCUGCAGCAGAAUACAGAUGGGAGGAGGUCAAAGUGGACAAUAAAAUAUUCAAGGUCCCUCCAGAGGCUUUUCCUGAAGAGGCUUCUGUGAGGAACAGGAGACAAGUGGCAUAUGAAAACUGGUCAGUGGAUGAUGAACAUAAGGCUUUGUACGUCCUGCAGCACUGGGAAGAGAUGCCAGGUUAUGGGUACAAACUGGCACCAGAGCAUGUAGAGACCCGGUCCCUGUACAACCCAGAGAACCCUGGUCUUGUGCAGGGUUCCUUGCACAUGUGGAUUGACAUGUUCCCAACUGACGUCCCUGCACCGCCACCUGUCAAUAUCAAGCCACGACUGCCUGUCAGCUAUGAACUGCGUGUGAUUAUCUGGAACACAGAUGAUGUGAUUCUUGAUGAUGUCAACCCAAUAACAGGAGAGCCUUCCAGUGACAUCUAUGUGAAAAGCUGGAUAAAGGGUCUUGACCAUGACAAGCAGGAGACUGAUGUUCACUUUAACUCCUUGACCGGGGAGGGAAAUUUCAACUGGAGGUUCAUCUUCCGCUUCAACUAUCUCCCGACCGAGAAGGAGAUCGCCUACAAGAAGAAGGACUCUGUUUUCUCCGUGGAGGAAUCAGAGUUUCGGGAACCAGCUGUUUUGGUCCUCCAGGUCUGGGAUUAUGACAGGAUUUCAGCUAAUGACUUUCUAGGCUCCAUCGAGCUGAAGCUGCAUGACAUGGUGCGGGCAGCCAAAAGCUCAGAGCUUUGCACCAUCAGGAUGGCCAAGCAGAAUGCUACACCUCGCUUCUCCAUCUUCCGAAACAAGCGCAUGAGGGGCUGGUGGCCGUUCAUCAAACUCAAAGAUCAAGAAGAUGAGGAGAGAGAAGAGAGGGAGGACAAGCAGAAAGAGAAGAAAAAGAGGAAGAGCAGAUCAGUUAAACCAGAGGACUUGGAGUUCACAGACCCUAGUGGCAACAAGUACCUCCUGACGGGUAAGGUGGAAGCAGAGUUCCAGCUGUUGACUGUGGAGGAGGCUGAGAAAAGUCCUGUUGGUUUGGGCCGAAAAGAGCCCGAACCCCUGGAAAAGCCAAACCGGCCAAACACCUCAUUCAACUGGAUUGUGAAUCCCAUGAAGACUUUUGUGUUCUUUAUCUGGAAACGGUAUAAGAAAUACAUUAUUGUGCUGUUCAUUGUUGCUCUUCUGACCAUCUUCCUGGUUCUUUUGAUCUACACCAUGCCUGGAUAUAUCAGUGAGAAGAUCAUCAAUGGAUAA